ACAUUUUAAUCGCAGUGUGAAUGAAACAUUAGCGGUACCGCGCGCGUAGAAACUACACGUUUGUUCGUUCACCGACGAUUUUUGUGUUUUGUGACGAAAAUUUAUAAGUGAAAUGGCUCCUGUGUCGAACGCCGUUGUCGGCAUUGAUGAUGAUCAACGUUUUGCUUUGAUUAAGUUUCGAAGGAGCGUAAAGGAUGUCUUAAAGCCGGAGCACAAUGAUCACUUUUUACUGAGAUGGCUUAGAGCAAGACAAUGGAAUCCAGAGGCCGCGGAAAAAAUGCUAAGAGACUCAAUGAAAUGGCGCGAGAAAUGGGGUGUCGAUACAACACUAGAAUCAUGGAAGGCACCGGAAGUGCUAGAGACUCACUUUCCAAGUGGCAGUACCGGUUUCGACAAAGAAGGUUCACCAAUCAUAAUAGUACCUUUUGUUGGCCUGGAUAUAUGGGGGCUAUUGCAUUCGGUGUCACGUACAGACAUUAUACGGAUGGUUUUGCGACACUUAGAGAACUACCUGGCCAUCGCCAGAAAACAGGCGAUGACACAUGGAUCAAACGCUCUUAAGGUAACGGUUAUCUUCGAUUUGGAAGGAUUCAGCAUGCGUCAAUAUGCUUGGAAGCCUGCAGCGGAACUAGUCUUUACACUUCUACAGAUAUACGAAGCGAACUAUCCCGAAAUACUGAAAAUAUGCUAUAUUGUUAAUGCUCCAAAAGUAUUUUCAUUGGCAUUUUCCGUGGUUAAAAAAUUCAUUCACGAAUAUACGAUAUCCAAGAUUCGCAUAUAUGGAUGUGAUGCCAAGAAAUGGCAAGCUCAAGUUUUAACAAUAGUGGAUAAGGACCAAAUCCCCGAGCACUACGGUGGUACCAUGGUCGAUGAAAAUGGUGAUCCGAGGUGCAGUUCGCUUGUAAAACCUGGAGGCAAAGUACCAAAGAAAUACUACGCACGAAACGUAGUCGCUGACACUGAGAAAGAGUACACUAAAGUUACAGUGAAAACUGGAGAAAAACACGUUGUUGAUCUACUUUGCGCUGACAGUGAAAGCGUUCUAAAAUGGGAAUUCGGCAUUGACAGUCAUGACAUAAAGUUUUCCAUAAAAAGGAAAGAUCAAGACGGCAACGAGAGUGUGGUACACGGCCCGAGGAAGGUCGCAGAGGGACCAGUCGAUGUGGGAGUUCUGCCUGUCUCUGGACCUGCUACAUAUGCCGUAAUAUUUGACAACAAAAGUUCAUUCCUACGAAACAAGAAAAUUUUCUACGACGUACUAAUAACUGUACCUGCUAGAGAUCUCAAUAUAGACGACAGUCCUGAAGAACUCGCUGCUACUGCGAAUGAGUCUUAAUAUAACAGAAGCGUGUACAUUAUAUUGAUAAAAAAAUAUAUAUUGUCUAUAAUUGAUACGACAACGAUAGUGAAUAUUCGGCUUAAAAUUAUUGAUAAAUCAAAGUACAAGUUUGUAACAUGUGACCAUUGUAUGGUUAUCUUUUUGGUAGAACUACCAUAAAUUUAAAGAGCACUCUCACAAUUUUUUUUAAUAAAACUUUAAGACGUGCGAAAUGUACAAAUAUUAACAUUAUAUUCCACAAAUUUAUAAAAUUUUCACAAUGUAUAAAAAAUAUAUAGAAUAUUUGUUAAUUGCCUUUUGGCAUUAAAAUAACAAUAUAUUUAAUAGCUUUCGCUAUGGUGUAUUUUUAGUUUAAUUUAGAGAUGGGUAAAGUAUAUACUGUGAUAGUUAGGGUGGUUGUUCGAAGUUAAUCUUAAAACUAUUACUACAAACUGAGUGUACUAAUAAUGAAAUAUUUACAAGUGAAAUUACCUAUGUAUUCAAAAACUAUAAGGCUGUUUGUUUUAAAUAAUUAAUGUUAGGCAAAAAACUAUAAACAUUAUUAAAGUGGAUCAUAAAUGAAGAGUUUGUAUUCGUAGAAUUUUCUAGAUUGGAUUAU